CUUACCACAAAGCUAAAGAGAAGAAAAAAAACACACACACACACACAUACACAAAAUACGAAAAUAUAUAAAUGGAAGGGUUUCUUCGGUUCCUUGUAGCGAAAGCCAUCUUGUUGGCUAUAGCAUCUUCAUUUGUGUCUUGUUACGACCCAAGUCCUCUUCAAGACUUUUGUGUUGCCGUCGAUGACGCUAAUGGCGUUUUCGUGAAUGGAAAAUUCUGCAAAGACCCAAAAUACGUGAAAGCCGAAGAUUUUUUCACUUCCGGACUAAACAUCGCCGGGAACACCAUGAACCGCGUCGGCUCCAACGUUACAAACGUUAACGUCGACAGAAUCCCUGGACUCAACACCCUCGGAGUGUCCCUUGUCAGAAUUGACUUUGCCCCAGGAGGUCAAAACCCGCCACACACGCACCCACGUGCCACCGAGAUACUCGUGCUUGUUGAAGGAACGCUCUUAGUCGGGUUUGUAACAUCGAACCAAGACAACAACAGAUUGUUCUCAAAGGUUCUUUACCCCGGAGACGUAUUUGUGUUUCCCGUUGGAAUGAUACAUUUUCAAGUGAACGUUGGGAGGACUAACGCGGUUGCGUUUGCUGGUCUCGGUAGCCAAAACCCCGGUACGAUCACAAUCGCAGACGCGGUCUUUGGAUCGACGCCUUUGAUUAUGCCAGAGAUUUUAGCUAAAGCGUUUCAGCUGGAUGUGAACGUGGUUAGAUACCUUGAGGCAAGGUUUUCUCGUAACUAUUGAAAAAGUUCUUACAGGAAAGGAAUGACGGGAAACUGUAAUCAAAAUAUGAUGGGAAAUGUACCAAAACAUGAAUAAAAAUGAUCUGAAUAAAAUAUGUAAUAUAAUAUAAUGUGUGACAAGUAUAAUAAAACAAUUAAAAAGGAUACAAAUCA